AUGCAGUCCUUCAGCCACCACGUGAGGCAGUGCCUGGCCACGGCAGCCCGCACUGCAGAGGCGACUGGGACUGCCGGGGGUAGCCGUGUACACUGGGAACCCCGCUGCCAACAGCCCCUGCCCAACAGAGCGCCCAUCGCUGCACUGCUGCCCCCACGCCUCGACGGGCCCUGGGUCUCCACCAGCUGUGAGGUGCGCCCAGGACCCGAGUUCCUCGCCCGCUCCUACACCUUCUACCCCAACCGCCUCUUCCGAGCCUACCAGUUCUACUACAGGGACCCCUUCUGCCGGGAGCCUGCCCACUCCCUGCUCAUCAAGGGCAAGGUCCGCCUGCGCCGGGCCUCCUGGGUCACCCGAGGUGCCACUGAGGCCGACUACCACCUGCACAAGGUGGGUAUCGUCUUUCACAGCCGCCACGCCCUGCUCGAUGUCACCAGGAGCCUCAACCAGACCUGGGCAGGCCGGGACUGUGCCCAGCGGCUGCCCCCAGCCCGGGCCUGGUUGCCCGGGGCACUGUAUGAGCUGCUGAGCGCCCGGGCCAGGCGGGACUGCACAGAAGCCCUGGGCUUCACCAUGCAUGAGCUCAGCCUGGUCCGCAUGCAGCGCCACCUGCAGCUGCGGCCCCGGGCGGGGCCCCGGCUAGUGGAGGAGCUAUACCUGGGGGACAUCCACACCGACCAAGUGGAGAGGCGGCAUUACCGGCCCACGGGCUACCAGCGCCCGCUGCAGAGUGCCCUG